AUGGAUCCCCCCGCAUGGGCUCAUGAAUUAAUUGAAGUGAGCUUUCAGCGUGAUAAUUUUUGCACGUUGAAACCUUGCAGACAAUCCAAAAACUGAGCAUUUCGCAUGAUGAAGCUCUACAAACAAUCGAACACCAAAGAGAGAGGGCGAGAUGGACGAACAUUGUGCUGUUCUUUUUGAUUUUUGGUAAUUAUUUAAAGUUCGAAAGAAAAGUCUCGAAGUUCACAAUGAAACGAUCGUUUUGGUCGGGCGAAUAGAUAAUCCAUUUUCCAAUCAUCAUAUGAAAGUUUUUCAGGAAUUGUCUUCCUGUUAGAGCUGCACAAUGGGGAGGAAGUUCAUCGUCAAGCGGAACAAAACGACGAGGACCGCUUGGGCGUGAAUGACGAACUCUAA